AUACGAAUGCUCCCUGCUGAUAGUUUGCUUUUCCAAAUUGAGUCAGAGAAUAAGGUGGUGCUGUUUGUUCUUUGGAUGCUGAGUUUUUCAAGGCCAUUAUGGGUUUUUGGUACAAAUUCUUAUGAAUUUAUUCAGAAUGAUAAACAGAGAAAUUAUGCUUGCAGCUACAGGCAACAGGGGAGGUCAUAUCUUGGAACUAUUGAUAUCGUUGAAAGCUCAAAAAUUAUCGUGCUUGAUAUCCCUUUCACAGACAUUGAUAACAUUACUUCAGGUAAAGAUGGUCUAUAUGUAGAGGGAGCAUCCGCAGCAUCAUCAUCAGUGGCAAAGGUGGCUUUAGAUGAUCAGAAAUUAAAUGCUGUUGGCUUCAAUAUUGUGUGGUCCUCCUCACCGGAUAGUUUAAAAUAUAGUUCAUACUUCAGUAAGCCAGAGCUGAUUGAAUUCCCCACUGAAGUUCCUGGUCAAAAUGCCUAUGGUUACUUUUAUCCACCAUGUAAUCCUACUUAUCAAGCCAGUCAAGGGGAGAAGCCUCCUUUGUUAUUGAAGAGCCAUGGAGGACCAACAGCUGAAACACGUGGCAUUUUGAACCUUAACAUUCAGUACUGGACCAGUCGGGGUUGGGCAUUUGCAGAUGUUAACUACGGUGGAAGCACUGGUUAUGGCAGAGGGUAUCGAGAAAGACUUUUGGGUCGUUGGGGAAUAGUUGACGUUGAUGACUGUUGCAACUGUGCUAAGCAUUUGGUGGACAGUGGAAAGGUAGAUGGGGAACGACUUUGUAUUACUGGGGGCUCUGCUGGGGGGUAUACCACCUUAGCUGCUCCUUUUAAAGAAACAUUUAAAGCUGGGGCUUCCUGUAUGGUGGCCGAUCUGAAAAUGUUGAGCGCUGAGACUCAUAAAUUUGAAUCCCAUUACAUCGAUAAUCUUGUUGGAGGUGAAAAGCAAUUCUUUGAGAGAUCCCCAAUCAACCAUGUAGAAAAAUUUUCUUGUCCCAUAAUUUUAUUUCAAGGACUGGAGGACAAGGUUGUGCCUCCAGAUCAAGCUCGGAAAAUUUACCAGGCGUUGAAAGAAAAGGGUGUCCCGGUGGCCCUUGUUGAGUAUGAAGGAGAACAACAUGGUUUCCGAAAGGCUGAAAACAUAAAGUUUACACUUGAACAACAAAUGUUGUUCUUUGCACGAUUGAUUGGGCGCUUCAACGUUGCUGAUGAGAUUACACCCAUUAAAAUUGAUAACUUUGACUGAGAAUGAGUCUUCAAAAGGUCAGAGAUAAUUGACUGAGAGACAGCAUACU